AUGCGAUUAAACAAUGCUCUGAAGUCUUCAUUAAACUUCCAUCUUGAUGACUCUUUUUAUUUCAGAAAGAAUGCUUCAGCAGGUUACGGUGAACAGGAAAUUCUGUCCAGAACCAAUGCACUGAUUUCUGGAAUUGGCGACAUCUCGUUGACAGCUGUAGAAGUCAACACAGAUGGGAAGGACUUGCAGAAGGAAGUUAACAAAGUGCUGGAGAACCUGGUUUCCCAAAUGACCCACCUGAAAACCAAAUCUCCAGAGACGGCAGAGUACGGAAAAUCACUGCAUGAUUUCUGUUUGUCAUCAGAGCCAAUCAAAACAGACGUCUCUUCACUAGACACGGCUAUCCAGAGUCUGUCCUUCUCCAAGAAUAGACUGUCCAGUCAGGGAGCUCUUAACGUUCUUCAUAUGAUGGGUAAAGUUUGUUUCAUUGAUGACUCUGAUGGAUCCUGUGUCCGGCAUGUUGUCAAGACAACGUGGCUGACGCGAGCUCUCAAUGUGUUGAUGGGUCCAACAGGCAGUGCCUUCAACAACGGCACUGUUGCAUUUGUCGCCGACGACACUCCGGUAUGGGAAAGUUCACAGCUGCAGAAAGCUUUUCAAGAACACAAGCUGAAUACCAGCACAGAGGCAUCAUCUGCCCUGGUGUUGUUGAUGGGUCUUAUUGGUGUGGAUUUCUCUACCAAGGCUUACAUCAGCUUAAACCACCUUAAGGAACAACCUCCCAUAGCUGUGGACACAUUUCUCAGUACGAAGGACAACAAUGUGUGUGAAAACGUCACCUAUACAUAUCUAAUGAGUCAUCAGGUUCCUGUACCCACAAUGCACCAGCUGUUGACUUACUGUCUGAAGCUGCAUUCACCCAUUAUGUUGUGGGCAACGGGCUGUGUAGUGCAUGAUGGGAUAGUAGAAAUUCUGUUACAACUGAACAACAGCGAAACAGAAAGUAGUACCCUGACACUUCAUGCUCAGACCAUCAAGACCGAAGACAGCUCUGCAGCGCUGAUGUUGUGGAACACUGUGGAGCAGUAUAAGCUAGUUCUUGACUCGGGUUUCGCCAAGGCGGGAAUAUCUACUCAGAUUGUUUGUGAGUGUAGCCUACAGAAACCUGAUUCGAUCACUGGUCUGACGCGUUCUCACCUUGUUCCCCCCGGAUCAUCAGACCUAGGUGUUUGUAAAAUGUGCACCACCAGUGCCAGGGCUAUCAGACUACUACAGGCGUCCAUGUCUGUAGUAUCCUCCGUGUACUUUGAAGCUAAUGCUGCCAACUUUGAACCCGAGUCUUGUGGAAUCGUUGAAGGAUCGUCCAUUGUGAUCAAGGAGAAAGGCACUUGUAACAUGAUCACUGCCAUGACGGCAUACGAUAACAACCGAGUCGCCAUCACAGUUUUGUCUGUCACAAACGAGCCGGGCAGUUGUGUAGUGGGUCUUUGGUCAAGUAACGACAAUAACGUGGAGUACAACCUCGCAUCAGGAAAACUUGCCAUCUCUGAAAAGAACAAACAUCAGAAUAUUGACGUUCCCAAGGUUACGUCUCCCGGCGUUGUCAUCGACUUCAUGUUGUCACCGCUGUCGGAACUGGAUCGUGUUCAGCUGGACGUCCGAGUGGGAAGCUGUGUGGUGGCAACUCUCUCAAUCCCGAGAACUGUGUACAAGCCGUUCGUUAGACUUGAGACACCACCGACAGAUGUUGGUGAUACACAGUUACACAGAUUUGAGGUUGUCGUUCAGGCUGGAGACUUUACGCAUUCCAUACCCAUUGUUCAGCCUGGAAUGAGACUGGAGGCCCGUGACAGACUGAAUCCCAGUUUGGUGUGUGCAGCUACAGUAGCUAGUAUUGACGGGGUAACAGGACAGUGGCUGAUCCACUUCGACGGCUGGACAGACCGCUACGACUACAUGGCAGACCCGACUACCGCCGAUAUUCAUCCCCUCGGAUACAUGGCCUUCAUUGGUCACAAGUAUAAACAGUAUAACCCCAAAAUACAAGCUCCGAAAGAUUAUGGAAAACCAAAAUUUGAUUGGGCCGAAUAUCUUAAGGACAUACAAGAGCCUCCAGUUCCAUGGGAACUAUUUUCUGAGGAGCAGAAAGAGGGAACACCACCUGAUGAAAUCAACAGAGCCCUCCAGACUCAGGGGAUGUUUUACAAUGUUUCCUCGUCGGCGUCAAACCAGUGUUCAUCCAACAGGCACCGUGGAGCGGGUACGUUGAAUUAGAAUUUCCAGCAUGGAU